AUUUUCGCAUAUAUAUAUUCACGGAUGUGAAGCUAAAUUCUCUUCUUAUGAGAAACGAAUACGCUCCGAUUCUGGUUAUUUUGGAGACCGGUUCGAGCACAGAAAAUGGCAGAGGUUAAAGUGACGAUGGAGGUCGGAAACGACGGCGUUGCGAUCAUCACCAUCUCCAACCCUCCCGUCAACGCCUUAGCUCUCCCGAUACUCGCGGGGUUGAAGGAGAAAUAUACUGAGGCGAUGAGGAGAGACGAUGUUAAAGCAAUUGUGCUGACUGGCAAAGGUGGAAGGUUUUCAGGUGGUUUCGACAUCAAUGUUUUUCAGACUGUUCACAAGACAGGGGAUCGUUCUCGUCUGCCUGAUGUAUCUGUGGAUCUCGUUUGCAACACAAUUGAAGAUGCAAAGAAGCCUUCUGUUGCUGCCGUUGAAGGACUUGCACUUGGAGGAGGCCUUGAAUUGGCAAUGGGAUGCCAUGCACGGAUUGCCGCACCAAAAGCUCAACUUGGCUUGCCAGAACUGACACUUGGAGUUAUGCCUGGCUUCGGAGGCACACAACGUCUUCCAAGGCUGUUAGGGUUGUCAAAAGCAGUUGAAAUGAUGCUGUUAUCUAAACCAAUAAUGUCCGAAGAAGGGAAGAAGCUAGGUCUUAUUGAUGAUGUGGUAUCUUCUGAAGAGUUGUUGAAAGUAGCACGGAAAUGGGCAUUAGCCAUUGCAGAGAGGCGCAAACCUUGGAUUCGUUCUCUUUACAGAACAGACAAGCUAGGCUCGCUAUCGGAGGCACGUGAUAUACUGAAGAUGGCACGACAACAAGCCAAACAGACUGCUCCAAAUAUGCCUCAGCACCAGGCAUGCCUUGACGUAAUCGAGGAAGGCAUUAUUCAUGGAGGAUAUAAUGGCGUUUUGAAGGAGGCGGAAGAUUUCAAAGAACUGGUCCUAUCAGACACUUCUAAAGGUCUUGUUCAUGUUUUUUUUGCCCAACGUACAACGUCAAAGAUACCUAAUGUUACUGACAUUGGGCUCAAACCAAGGCCUAUAAAGAAAGUUGCUGUAAUUGGUGGAGGUCUAAUGGGUUCUGGCAUAGCUACAGCUCUUAUACUGAGCAACAUAUAUGUUGUUCUUAAGGAAAUUAAUUCUGAAUAUCUUCUGAAGGGGAUAAAAGCGAUAGAAGCAAAUGUCCAAGGCUUGAUAACAAGAAAAAAGUUGGCAAAGGAUAAAGGGGAAAAAUCCCUCACGAUGCUUAAAGGUGUACUGGACUACUCAGAAUUUAAAGAUGUGGACAUGGUCAUAGAGGCUGUCAUUGAAAAUGUUUCCCUAAAACAAACAAUAUUUCGUGAAAUUGAGAAGGCUUGCCCUGCCCAUUGUAUUUUGGCCAGCAACACAUCUACUAUUGACCUCAACAUAGUUGGAGAAAAAACCAGCUCUCAAGAUCGCAUUGUUGGGGCACAUUUUUUCAGUCCUGCUCAUGUGAUGCCUCUCCUGGAGAUUGUACGGACAGAGAAGACUUCUGCACAAGUAAUACUUGAUCUUAUGACAGUGGGGAAAACCAUAAAGAAAGUACCUGUAGUGGUGGGAAACUGCACCGGCUUUGCUGUCAAUCGAACCUUCUUUCCAUACAAUCAGGGUGCGCAUAUUUUGGUCCAUUUAGGUGUGGACGUGUUCAGAAUUGACGAGUUGAUCAGCAAUUUUGGUCUCCCUAUGGGCCCCUUCCAGCUUCAGGAUUUAGCUGGAUAUGGAGUAGCUAUGGCAGUAGGGAAACAAUUUGCUACUGCCUUUCCUGAUCGGACAUUCCAAUCUCCCUUGGUUGACCUUCUUAUAAAAAAUGGUCGAAAUGGUAAAAAUAAUGGGAAGGGAUACUACCUUUAUGAGAAGGGAAGCAAGCCUCAACCUGAUUUUUCCGUACUGCCAAUUAUAGAGGAGUCAAGAAGGCUCACCAAAAUUAUGCCUGGAGGAAAGCCUUUAUCUGUGACUGAUCAAGAAAUCGUGGAGAUGAUACUCUUUCCAGUGGUGAAUGAGGCAUGUCGUGUUUUAGAUGAAGGCGUAGUAGUUCGAGCAUCAGACCUUGAUGUUGCAUCUGUUCUUGGCAUGAGUUUCCCUUCUUACCGGGGUGGAAUCGUUUUUUGGGCGGACUUAGUUGGGGCUAACCAUAUAUAUACAAGUCUGAAGAAGUGGUCCGAGGUGUAUGGCAACUUCUAUAAGCCUUCAAGGUUUUUGGAAGAAAGAGCAACAAAAGGCAUUCCAUUGAGUGCACCUGCUUCGACAUCUUCAGCUUCAAGGUCACGCCUGUAGGCGAUAUGCUUUCUCUGUUCAAGGUCUAAACCAUGCCAAGUGUUAUGGAACUAUUUAUGGAAAAUAGAACUGUUUGUCCACCAGCUUUAUAGAAUCUUUGAUUGCUAUAUGAGAAUCCAGAUUAACAAAAUGUUCUCUCUCUCUCUCUCUCUCUCUCUGCGUGUGUGAGAGCCGAGUUCUCUCCUAACUGAAGGAGAUAGUGACUCACCAACAGAGC